GUUUAUCUAUGGUUUUUUACUUUCUGCUGAGGGUAAAUCAUACUUUGAUUAGCAAUAAUAAUUGCAGUAAUGUUGACGUCUAAAGUUGGGUUAUUAACAUUUGGAAGAAAUAUAAAGGCGGUGCGGCUGAAGCACGGCGCACUCCCGCCCGGCCCGGGCCUCGAGGAGUUCCUGGGAGAGGCCCCGCCACGAGACUGGAGCGACUACGAGGGGCGGCUGCGCCGGGAGAGGGGGGAGGCGGGGCGACUCCCGCUGCCUCCGUGGCUCAAGACGCGCAUCCCCACGGGGCACAACUACGGCCGCAUACGGGACCAGCUGCGGCAGCUGAACCUGCACACGGUGUGCGAGGAGGCGCGCUGCCCCAACAUCGGCGAGUGCUGGGGUGGCGGCGAGCACGGCACUGCCACUGCGACAAUCAUGCUGCUGGGCGACACGUGCACCCGGGGCUGCAGGUUCUGCUCCGUGAAGACGUCACGGGCCCCGCCCCCUCCCGACCCCGAUGAGCCGCGCAACACGGCCGCCGCCAUCGCCUCCUGGGGGCUGGACUACGUGGUGCUCACGUCCGUGGACAGAGACGAUCUGGCGGACGGCGGGGCCGGCCACUUAGCGCUCACCGUCCGGGAGAUCAAGAAGCAGCGCCCGGCCGUGCUGGUGGAGUGCCUGGCGCCAGACUUCAGGGGCGACCCCGCGGCCGUGCGCGCCGUCGCGCAGUCCGGCCUCGACGUGUUCGCACACAACAUAGAGACGGUGGAGGCGCUGACACCUCACGUACGCGACCCGCGCGCUCGCUACAGGCAGUCGCUGGGCGUGCUGGAGGCGGCGAAGCAGGUCCGCGCGGACCUGGUCACCAAGUCCUCCGUGAUGCUGGGGCUGGGCGAGACGGACCAGCAGGUGCGACAGACACUCGCAGACCUGCGGGCGGCCGGAGUGGACUGCGUGACGCUGGGCCAGUACAUGCAGCCCUCCAAGAGACACCUCAAGGUCGUGGAGUACGUCACCCCUGACAAGUUCCGCCACUGGGAGGGGGUGGGGCGUGAGCUGGGGUUCCUCUACACGGCCAGCGGGCCGCUGGUGCGCAGCUCCUACAAGGCGGGGGAGUUCUUCGUGGCGAGCGUGCUGCGCGCGCGUAGGGCCUCCAGCGCCUGAACAGCACGGGCGUGCGAUCACGUUUGGUACUAUCACUUCAGUUCACAACUUACUUUGUUGUACAUAUGUAACAUAGGAAUUAUUGUUUUUAUUAAUGUUAUUUAAUCGUAUUUACCGUGUUUUAUCGCAUAAUCUUCGCAACGUUAUUUUUAGGGAUGUGCGAAAGUGACUUUAUCCACACGAAAUGAAAGUGAAAGAAAAUUUAUCAAGUUUCGCGAAAGUGAAACGAAAAUGAAUUUUUCUAUGAGAUAAAUAUAUUCUUAACGAAAGUUAAGCGAAAUUUUUUAAUUAACAAAGAAAAAAAGUGCCCCAAAAUUUGCUCUUCAGUAAUAAAUUCUAUUACAUAAAUCAUUUUGGUGCCUUUUGAUGUACAGUAAACUCCCGGUAUAUCGCGCCUCGAUUGAUCGCGGAAUCGGGUAUAUCGCGGGUCAAACCAUGUCCCCCAGUCAGAAAUGAAUAAUAAUAAUGGAAUAAAUGGUUGACAGCCGAUUAGGAUAAUUUUGCGUUGUAACUAACAAACUAAGCAUCGGGCAGAAAAAAGCCUAGGCGUAGAAAAUGUCCGCAGUAAAAUUCUAAACAAGAUAUCUCCGUACAUUAUUCCUCUAUCUUGUAGGGUUUUCAAAUUAUGGUCCAAUCCAGCCCAGUGAUAUUUUCUGAAACACUAGUUCUUAACGUCUCUUUAUCUCACAAAUGAAGCAUCGGACAGGGGACCUGAUAAAGCCCACCGUCCAGCGACAUCCAGCGUGACUCGGCUGGGGAUUGAUUUUGGAUAGGCUUGGUUGUCGGCAAGCGCUGGGUAGGGAGAGGCGAGCCGAGAAUAUGGAGAGAGGUAGAGAUUAGAGCGGGCAGAAACUGACGAGGGGGAGUGGGGGAGGGAAUGUGUUCACGCAGCACACAGGCAGAGCAUGAGUCACUUGACUGAGCAGCGUCGCUGCGUACAAGGCAAAAUCAGGUAGUCCGGUGUUUAAAAUUCCACUCCAGAAUCUUAAUUAGUACUUUACUGGACAUCUGUAUAUAAAUGUUUUGUUACAACUUAAACCUACAGACGUAAUAUUAUUGGGUAAUUCAUUGUAUUAUACAAGUUCACCUUUUUACUUUGGUAUAAUGUUUUAACAUUAAAUAGUAAAGUAAAUCGGCUAGCGUAUUUUUAAUCUUUGCCCAGGAAUUCCCAGUGGUCCAAUAUUUACGUGAACCAUACUGUACCACUUUUGCCAUGAGGUAGUAAACAAGUCCCGGAAAUGUUGGAAAUGUUUAUGUGUAGCGGUCUCCCGACCUUUAAACAGAGGCUGGGGAAUAUAACACUUGCCGAUCCGAGCCACACACACUCAGCAACUCGACACAGCGUUUGGUGAAAUAAGUAAAGACAAAGUUUAACACGGUUUUUAAUACGGCGUCACUGAUUGCGCUAAAAUUAAAUUGGCGCAAUUUUUGUUUCCCCACAUGUGACCAUUUAUGCAUGGAUAAUAAAGUUUAACCACUUGACACGAUAGACGAUUCUUUAUUUUUUUAUUGUACGAAUGCUAGAAUCGUUUUUCCCGUAUCUGCGGCCUACUUCUGCAAAAGACACUAUCAGUAAGUAAAUCUAGAAUUUUUAUUUUGUCAAUCAAACUCGGUACUUUGCGAUUCAUAUUCGGUUUGAAGUAUCUCUACGGCCUUUCUUUUUAUAAGACUUUGACCACAGAAUCGUGUGUAACCGCACACACUGCACUUACUUUGUUACGGACACUGACGAAGCAGAUACUGUGGCUAACACCACGAGACUGGCAGCAGCAGCUUGUGUGCCGCACGUGUGUAUGGCGGCGUGUGGCGCGCUCGUAGGCCGCGCGACAAACUGUGCGCGGCACGCGGAAAAAUAAAAACAAUUCAACAUUUAAUAUUUAUCUUUAAAAUUUAUUAUUUUUAUUUUUUCACCCGUGUUUAGUGAAAACUGCGGAUGCAAAGUCCGCACAAAGGCGGGCCGUCUAUACUGUGCGUGCUUGCCGACCUAUAAAGAACACAGGCGGUUUUUUAUGCCUUUUGACCUUGGUCACAUCGAAACAUCGCGGUUAUGCAACAACGCGGGUAAAAGUUAUGUCCCCCGACAACCGCGUUAAAUAGGGAGUGUACUGUAUAUAUAAAUAUUACUAUUUAAUAUAAUCAACAUCCGCCUUAGACCACACAACACAGCCCCAUGUCACUCGUAAAUUUCAAGAAUCAAUCCAGAUCUUUCAGCGCACAGACUAUUUCCUUUACAGUCGUAAUGUCGCAGUCUAUGAUAAUAUAUUUAUCACGUGCAUGGUACUGAUGAAAAAAUACGUGAAUACUGCGGAACGGCCGCCAUCUUGCACCACUGUCACACAUGGCUAGCUCAGGAAGCUGUAAACUAGGCAAUGGACAUGGUCAAAACAAAACAUAACAAAUGGUUGCUGCCAAGUGGUCAUUACAUGCAGUGACUUGUUGACCUUUUCGUCUAAUUGGCUGUAUAUUAUGAGGAUUUUAUAUGCCAGUCAGAGUAUGUAAAAUUUAAAUAAAGCAGACGACAAUGUUUUUGUUUGGCUGUGCGCGAAUAAAAGUAGGUACGUUCUUUGUUUAUGUGUAUACGGUAAAUACUAAAUAGUGUACUAACAGUUCUGGAAUGUAUGUUUUACGAAUAUAGUACCUACACUACUGUUUGAAAGCAAAUGAAUCAGGUAAUUUUUCAAAUAUUGCAUGAUUUUGUUUUGAUACCUAGGCCUACUGUAAUCACGGUUGAAUUUUGUUUACUUUAUCUGCCAUGUUUGUUCAAAUUAUGAUUUUACCGUAUUUUCAUUAACGUGAGUUUUUUUCAUCACCACGUAAAUUAAUCUUAAUGGAAAUAUUUUUUCUAAUUAAUGUCUUUAUAUGAUUUGCAUAUGUUAUUACAUUAUUAGUAAUAACAAGCAAAUCAUAUAAAGACAUUACAGUAGAAUCUCAGUGCUAAGUACUUACAGGUACCUCAAGUUUUUGUACUUAGCACUGAAACAUGCAUACAUAUCUUUACAAAGAGAAAAAAAUAUAUAAAAAAAUAGCUACAGGAGAGCCGCAAUGCCAUAUGUAUUCGCAACUGCGACUUGCUUUUUUCCCCGUGUCUAGUUCUCUGAGUAUAUCCACUUUUUCCUUAAGCGUGAAUUGCUUUCGUUUCUUUUUAUCUCCAGGAUCAUUCAUAUUGUAGCACAAAUACAAUGCGGUGUUUAAAUAACGUAACCUGAAAAUAAACUCAACAAUAACAAUAAACAAUCCCGGCACAGACAUCAAACAGUAUUUUUAGCGUAGCGUAACACUUUUGUCUAAAUAAUUAAUACUUCUCUCAAACCUCCGUCUUUCGAUGUAUCGAAUGGUGUUGUGUUGCUCACGUCGCAUACUACGUACGGUAUAAUCUAUGGUUGUGCGCGCAACUGUUUGUUAACUUUGUUUUGAGAAUUUAGAGGUUAGAAAAUACGUUGCGUUGGUAUUUGUGUAUCUUUGUUCUACUACAUUAAUCAUUUAGCUGGAAAUUUAUUUACCAGUUUAAGUAAAUUUUGGUGUAGUAAUGCCACGCUACUAGUAGAAUUUAUACGUUAUAGUGAAAAUGAUACUUUAAACUGAAACCGUUUUGCAUGGCGAAGAUACGAUUUUUGGCGGGGACUUAAAAAAAAUUCGUUAAGUGAAAUAUACUUUAUAAUAAGGAACGUUAUUGUACCGGUAUUAUACUGUACAUUUUUAUUAAAUUACGAUUUCUUUUUCAACUAGAACAAACGAACUUCGGUAAGCUAUUGAACUUUCGUUUGGCUCGAAAUAUUUCGCUAAAAACGAACUUCGACAGAUGAAAUUCUUACCGAAAUCGAAAAUGAAAGUAGCAAAAUUUCGAUUUCGGUAUCGGUAUACCGAACAUUCGCACAACCCUAGUUAUUUUAUUGCGUCAAAAUUUGGAGGGAAAAAAGUUCUCGCAUAAAUGUCGCAUUAUGUUCUAAGCAGUUUGUGUUGGUAGUUUUCCUGUAUAAAACAAUGUAUUAUAAGUUUAAAUUCAAUAUUUAUUCGGAUAUUACUGCUUACUUAUUUAAUACACAAAUACAAAGUUGUCUGAUGUGUAAAUUUUCUUUUUAAAACGUUUUCAAAUGUUAUAAACUAUCUGUUUGUUUUUGUCGCCGCUGUGAACCACUUAUAAAAAUGUGGGCAUCAUUCAUGUUAGGUUAUGUUGAUUCCCGUGUAGAGCUGCACAAUAUUGAUAGAACGUGCGCGUUGCAUGCUAUUGAGUCCUACGUUAACUACAUUUGAUACCCCGUACUCUUUCGUGGUACAUGUGUACUGUGACCAUAGUUAUGUGUAAGUUCCCGCUCAUGUCCAUCAGUUUUAGUUUUUGUAUUUACAGUUGAAAAAAUGUUUUUGUUGCAUGACUUAUUAAUUUAAAUUGUUAGGCAUGCUUAAAUAAAUCUACUUUCCAUGAA